UGCUAAACCAGUUCAAGACCUGCAUACAGUGCAUACCUAGUCUUACACCGCCCCUGGUCAUCCGGCUAUUCUGAUCCAGUUGCUGGUUCCGUGCAGUGUUAACAGCCACUGAAGAACUGACGCUACGGUCUGAGUCAACCAAUCAUUCCCUUCAUGGCUAAGGAUCCUCUCUCCUCCCACCUCUCAGAGUCAGAUUGGGAAGAUGCAUGUCAUAACGCUGAGUGCAUCUUAUUUUUGAUUAAAAUUUUCCUUUGGUUGCCUCAAGCUUUAGAGAAUGUGAGAUGGAUAUAAACUUCCAUCGUUGCCACGUCCUUGCACAGGCAAAUUUCUUCUAGCAGCAACAGUGAUCUCGUAUACAAACAUAAACACCCCUUUAGAACCCGGGAUAAACGAGAGUCACAUCGGAACAAGGUCAUAAUUCGCUGUGUCCUGCAAUCUUGUCAGUCCUCAGCUUCUCACUUAUCUUUCCUGGUCAGGCGUUAUCGCUAGGUCUCUUGUCGACCAUCAUGGCGACUCCUGAAGAGCCGUUUGCUUGGACCAAUCAGUCCACCGGUCCAACUUCCGCUUUUGGGACUACGCAGUCGCCCCAGUUAGCGAUACUCGACAUAUUCUUUCCUGGAUUUUCCGUCUUCGCUGGCGCGGUACACAAGUACCUUCACAUCGACCUUAACGUAUAUAUCCCACUGUUACUUGUUAUAGGCGCCUUGACACUCGUAUGGAACUACGUAAGUUCAUACUUGUGGGAUAAAGUCGAGUCCCAUCUUAUGUCUGUUGUCGACAUCCGAACAGAUGACGAGAUCUACAACAUCCUUAUGGCCUGGGUAGCCAAGCAAAAGUUCUCUCGGGGUGCACGACGAUUUGUUGUCAACACCAACCUGAACUCUCGAAGCUGGUUUUUAUGGUUCGACAAUGACGAGGAGGAGGAGGAGGAAGAGACUGGUGAAACAACCCAUGCACGAAAAAAGAAGGGUUUGGCAUACACUCCCUCUUUUGGUAGUCACUACUUCUGGUAUCGGGGUCGCUUUCUUCUAUUUCGCCGGACAGCGAAUAGAGAGCAAAACUCUUUUAUGCUUGUUAGCGAACGCGAAGAGAUAUCUAUUUCGUGCUUUGGCCGGAACCCCUGGAUUCUAAAGGAGCUUCUCCUGGAAGCCCGUCAAAUGUACUUGGAAAAAGAUGAGCGGAAGACCCAGAUAUACCGCGGAACAUCUAGGCCAGCAUCUACUGAGCCGACCUGGCAAAGGUGUAUGUCUCGUGCUUCUCGUCCUUUUUCGACGGUGAUCUUAAACGAGAAGACGAAGCAAAAUCUCAUCGAUGAUGUUGCCGAUUAUCUCUGCCCUGCAACACAGCGUUGGUAUGCAAAUAGGGGUAUUCCAUACCGGCGUGGUUACCUGCUAUAUGGUCCUCCUGGCACAGGCAAGAGCUCGCUCAGCCUUGCUCUAGCCGGAUUUUUCAAGAUGAGGAUUUACAUCGUUAGUCUGAGCUCCAUCACAGCAAACGAAGAGAGUCUAGCGUCCCUGUUUGCUGAGCUUCCUCGUCGCUGCGUUGUGCUCCUCGAGGAUAUCGACACGGCUGGUCUUACUCAUACUCGCGAAGAAAUCCAGAAUCAGUCAAAUGAAAAUUCGGAUAUGGUUCCCGGCCAAAUUACUACAGGCAACGGAAACAACAGUAACGGGAGGCUCUCCUUAUCCGGAUUGCUCAAUAUCCUAGAUGGUGUUGCCUCUCAGGAAGGUCGUGUAUUGAUUAUGACUACUAAUCACCUCGAAAAGCUGGAUAAGGCGUUAAUCCGCCCUGGGCGUGUUGAUAUGAUCGUGAAAUUUGGCCUAGCAGACGAAGGAAUGAUAUCGGCCAUCUUCCGUGCCAUAUUUGCAAGCUUAGAUGGUGAUGAGGGCCCCGACAACUCUGCAGACGCACCUAUCCAUCCGGAUGAAAGAGAAAAACUCGAGGCAGAGAAGGCCAGAAAGCGAGCAGCUGAUGAUGCUCGUGUGAAUGCCUUAGCAGAUGAAUUUUCUGCUAAGAUGCCGGCACACGAAUUCAGUCCUGCGGAAAUCCAAGGGUAUCUCAUGAAGUACAAGCGCAGCGCUGAAGAUGCUAUUGCGAACGUAGACGAAUUCAUUACACAAACUCGGAAAGACCGCAAAGAGAAGGAGCUCAAGGAGGCCGAAGAGAAACGGAAAGCAGAGGCAAAGGAGAAGGAAGAGAAAGAGAAAAAAGAGAAAGAAAAGAAGGAGGAGAAGGAUAAGGAGGCGGAAGAGGCCAAAAAGGAGGGUGAGAAGAAGACGGCAGAACCAAUAGCCAGUUCAGCUUCGUCCGAAGCAGCCGACCAAAAGAAGAGUGAUGCCGAAAGCGAUAAAUCAUCGGUUGAGAAGUCGUCAGAGCUGAAAGCUGAGAAAAGUCCAAGUCAUGAGAGCCCAGAUUCGGGCUAUGUAACGCCAUCGAGCGCCGAGCCUUGAAGAUAGUGUGUAUAUACCCUAUCUAUGAUAUAUAUCCGAGGGUGGCGUUUUGUGGAUGGCCUACGGGAUAGUAGUAUUUUGCAUAAAGCGGCACGAUGAAUGGACAUUAGAUACCUUAGGUGCGCUUCUGGAAAAUCGAGUCUUUGGUACAUAUAUCAAUGUAACACGCAGAUAUAUGUCAUAUAUGCUGUGCACAUUACCUACUUGGGUAGUGUGUGCCGUUGGAGUAUAAAAGUCUGGUGUUGAAGCGAAGCCCGGCGUUGUGGUACUAGAUCUGAUCUGUUGAUAAUUCAACAAAUUGAUUCAUAAGCUGAAUGACGAAAGACGGCUU